AUGAACUAUUACGAGGGAACGAAAAAAGCCUACGUCACAAACACCGCCCAACACAUCGACCAUCUACCACAACCACCUGCUGUCGUCACCACCCGCCACCAACUUCCGCCGACCACCACCACCGUCAUCGGCCGCCCGCCGCCACCGCCAUCGACUACCACCGCUGCCACCCGCCAUCGCAAACCACCGCCACCCCGACCACUACCGCCACCCUCUGCCGACCACCACCACCAUCCUGCGCUGCCACCAACCGCUACCGUCGACCACCACCACCCAUCGACGCCACUCGCUAGCAACGACCACCGCCACCCCGACCACGACCGCCACCCUCCGCCGGCCACCACCACCACCCUCCGCGGCCACCUCCUGCUACCGUCAACCACCACAACCCACCGUCAUCGUCGCCACCACCAUCGAUCACCAUCGCCGCCACCUGCAACCACCGACCACCGCCACCCUCCGCCGACCACUACCAUCAUCCUCCGCGCCUACCACCAGCUACUGUCGACCACCACCACCCAUCGUCGCCGCCACCACCAUUGCUGCCACUUGCCACCGCAGACCACCACCAACCCCGACAAUCGCCGCCGCCACCGCUAA